CUGUCACUGCUACAGAAAGAAACAAGCGGAUUGGUGGAUGAUGAUGAUACACAUUUUUCCGGAAGGAGCUCUGCUCGCAGUAUGCACAUGUGCUUUUACGAAGAAAGCCGAACGAUUUUAUAAGCCUUCACAGAUGUGAUUUGUGGUUUAUCAGAUACAUUUAAAUGUUGGCGGGGUGUGAUUAUUAUUAUUAUUAUUUUAGUUUGUCAUAUGAAUCCUCUUUAAAAUAACUUUCACAGUGGUUCUCAAGUUCUGCCACUGUAAAGGAUUUUAAAAAAUGUCCAGUGCUAAUUUAUUAUCAUUGCACCAACAUCUGAAAAAAUGCUUUGAUACGUUAAAAGUGAAUAAAAGCGUUUGGGACAGUGAACUAGCUGAAUGUCAACCUCUCAUGAGCUCUCUUGGAAACCUUGCAGUGCAGCUGAAGGCAUUGAAAAACGUUCAGAUUGCAAACACACCUCUUGCCAGUUUCCCUAGUUUACAAGAACGCCUUCAUUACAAACUGUCUCUGGCUGUGGAUGUAGUUCUGGGUAAACUAUCAGAGAAAAUGAAUGCUCUUCAGAGUGUGCGGGAUGCUAUCAGUCAACAGGUGUCUGCUGUUUUCCAGUUCUAUGAGAAGAACACAGACACUCUUGACAUUGCUGGUUGUGUCUCCAGAUCAGCCAUCUGUCCCUCCAUCUCAGACAUGUUAGAGUGGCUUCAAGAUGCAGAUCGCUAUUACUGCCUACAAUUAGUGCAAAGAAGGAACCUCCUGCAGACACUGACACCCAAUGAUCUUACGUUAAUGGAAACGGCACCAAAGAAAUGGGAAUCUCUACUUUCAGCUACUGGAGAGCAGAGAAUUGCAGAUGCAUUGUGUCAAGUAUCAUUCUUCAUGGAGACUGAAUGUCAGCUGUGAUAUCAAGAAGUCGUUUCCACAUCCUGUGUUGGCUGUUGUUCUCAGUAUGUCAACGAAGGAUCCUUUUUAAAAGAGAGAGAGAGAGAGUGGUAUGGUAAUGGUGAAGCUCAGACUCCUGGAUUCAUUUUGUUUUGUUUUGGCCAUUAGCUUGACAAAGACUGACUAUCAUUAUCAUUGUAAGAGCAAUGCUCUAUUUUAAAAAAUUUGUUAUUUAAUUUAUGCAUUUUAUUCUUUAUAUUGAUAGAAAUGAUUGCACUGUUGGUGAAUAUAUGUCACAUAACAUGUAUUUUUAUUUUUUCCUCAAAUGGUUCAAGUUUACACAGUUUUACUUGAUAAAUACAGAGAAAUCACAAUGAACACAGCAAUCAGACAUACUGAGUGUGAGUGGACUGUUUCUAAGGACAACAGUGGAAAGCUGUCAUUUGUCUACAAGGCACAAGAGAGAUUUAAAACA